UGUGUAUAAUGUGUACUGUGUGUGUGCAAUAGUGUGUGACGGAAAAAGUACCACGGUGUUUAACGCGAAGGGAAGAAAUGUGAUUUUGUCUUCGUUCUGUCGAUUGCCAAGGCAACCUGGUGAGCUCCGUCCACAAUGCUGACUGCUGUCUUCGGGACAGUCAAAAGAUUACUUCUUCAAGAUGUCACGCCCAGUAAUCAAGAUUCGCCGACCCUACCAAGGAGUGAUGAUCCAAAUGAGAAGACUGUCAAGCGAAGUGUGACUAGCCUGUACGAUAGUUUAGAGUAUGGUCAGAACUUUAAGGACAGUGAUGAAGAAGAUGUGGUUGCCAAGGAAACCAAGUCUUUCAGGGGUAAGGUGACGGAUCUGCUCUAUGGCUAUGGACUGAUAGACAAUGACGUUUACUUCACCUUUGACUGCGUGAGCGGAGGGGAACGUCCUGAUGUCGAUUCGCGAGUCGAUGUCGUCGCAGAGCGCGACCACGACAAAAGAGGCUGGAAGGCUACAGACGUCAGACUCAUCAAAUCCUCGGAUUGGGACGAGGACGAUGAGGCUGGUGACGGGCCGCAAGUUAACGAGAUCAUCGGAACCGUCACGAAAGUCGUGCAGGAUUCUGGAUUGAUAAACGAUUUGAUCGUGUUCGAUCAGGAUUCGCUGGUAUAUGGUUUUAAACCUCACCGUGGUGAUUGGGUGCAAGGGGAAACAGUCGCGGAUUCGGAGUUUCAGACCGUCGCGCGCAAUAUCAGACCUCUAAGAGAGGAUAAAUUCCGAGGGAUGGUAACGCAUGCAUUCCCCGGGUACGGUCAUGUGAAUGGAAGAAUCUACUUCUCGUUUAAAGUGUGCGAAGGAGGGUGGCGACCCAAGAAAGGGGACGCGGUCGAGGGUAAAGCCAUUGAAUCCAGACAGAGUAAAGGAAAUUGGAGAGCUAUUUUCAUGAAGCAAGACACAAGGAAUACCAGACUUAGGCUAGAAACUGCGAACAAUUCACCGUUCCGUAAGUUCCAGGAGGAAGACUUAAAAAGCAACAAAGGAGGCAUUGAGAUUACAGACGAACUGGGUCUCGGCACAACUCUGAUUGGCAACACCAAGAGCACUGUGGCUACCAUACGGAAUAUUGGAAAAGACUCUAAAACUCUCACGAGUUGCCGGGUGUGCUGUCCUACGGGUGAGGUCACCAUUUCCUUCAGUGCUGUUAGUUGUUCUGGGUCGCCAAGGCAACCGCACUCAACGAGUGAAACUGUAUCCACAUUGCCUUUGACAUUGCCUCCUCUAUCUCUCAUCACUGUCACAGUAGCCAUCAAAGCAAAGCAGUUGGGGCGAUGCUUAUGUCAGUUGACUUUUCAUUUCGGGGAGUUUAGCAUCGGACGUCAGUGUACUAUGAAUGCGCAGGACUCGCAGAUGAUGAAGCUCAUGCCCGAAGGAAGCGUCUCGUCUAGAGGCACUAAGUUUAACAACAGGAGACGUGAGAAUCGAGAAGUGACCAUCGACAGUGAAUUCGGGGGAUAUUUUUUCCCUGGGGUCAAACCUGAACGGAACUUUGAUUUCAACGUGCCAGUCAAGUUACCGCACUAUCCAGUGCCGAGAGAUUUAAAGGCAUGUAUUUUAGAUGAUGGGGAAGUCACUAAAGUUGCUCCAAAGCUCACGCAGUCCUUAAGUUUAGAGAAUUUCAGUCGGCGUUUUUCAGCUCUCCUCCACCUGGAAGAGAUUCGGAUGGAGCAAGACAUGAGAGAGUUUGAUCUGGAGAAGGUGAGCAUGAGACCUCGGAAGGAGUUCCUCUCUUUAGAGGUGCCUGGAUUAGCGGAAGGAAGACCAUCAGUCCUAACUGGAGACAAGAUCAUUGUGACUCACCCGAAUUGUAAUCGCUACGAGGGAUUCGUUCAUGAAGUCUAUGGGGACGCUGUCCUUCUGAAGUUUCAUCCCUCGUUCCAUGAUCUCUACCAAGCAGAAGAAUGCAGCGUUGUCUUCACAUUUUCGAGGACUUCCCUGAGAAGGUGCCAUCAAGCGUGUGAAUUUGUCAAGAAACUUGGCAAUAAAGUAAUAUUUCCGACUAUCGUUGAGGCCAAGCCUCCUCAAGUCAGCGUAACCUUCCGAAGCCACGCUGAUAAACCGCACAAGGUACCCGUCCGCAUAAAGCCCUCCUCCAUCGUCAAGCUGCCAGGCUCCAAGAAGCCGUUAUCAUCCUACAAACCUACGAGCAAACCACCAAUAACAACAAGCAAACCUCCGAUGAUAAACGGUCAAAGAAAGACAGAGACCCAACGGUUUACAAAUAAAAAAGAACUUUCUUCUUCAUCUGCAGGAUCACUCAACAAAUCUUCUGAGGAGGAAGUGAAGUUUAUCACCCCAAGAAUCCAAGAUAUGAAGGUGUCUCACGUAGCGAUGGACGGCAAGGAGAUGGCGGAGUUCUACAACCCACGUCUGAAUGUUCGUCAACAGUCUGCCGUCAUCAGGAUCUUACAGGGAGAAGGCAGACCAAUGCCUUACAUCAUCUUUGGACCCCCUGGUACCGGGAAGACAGUGACUGUUGUAGAAGCCAUUCUUCAGGUCCACUGUCGUCAACCCUCUAGUCGCAUCUUGGCCUGUACGCCAUCCAACAGUGCUGCCGACCUUCUGACGGAGCGUAUUCACGACAGUAACAAGGUGGACCCGGGUGCUAUGGUGAGACUCAACGCUUUCCACAGAUCCCAGGAGAGUAUUCCCUCAGCGAUCUUACCCUACUGUAAGGACGGUGAGAAACUGGCGGUCAUCUCUCACCAGCGCAUCAUCGUCUGUACAUGCAGCACGGCCGGCAGUCUCUACCAGCUGGGUCUCACUGCCGGACAUUUCUCUCAUGUGUUUGUGGACGAGGCUGGGCAGGCCACAGAACCAGAGUGCCUGGUACCCGUCGGGCUGUCCGUCGGACCCGAAGGACAGAUAAUUCUUGCCGGGGAUCCGAUGCAGCUAGGUCCAGUGCUGAACAGCCACAUUGCUAAGGAGUACGGACUCGGGCAGUCCUUUCUUGAGAGGCUCAUCUUGAGGAAGGUGUACAGGAGAGAUGCAGACAAGUUCAGAGAUCAUGGAUGCUAUGAUCCGUUAUUGGUCACCAAACUCGUUGAGAACUACCGAUCUCACCCGAGCCUCCUCAAGCUAUCGUCGGAGUUAUUCUACCACGAUGAGUUGCACCCGAUGGCAGACGCUAAACUCACACAUCAGUUGACUGCAUGGGAAAUGCUACCUAACAAGAAUGGCAACUGUCCACUGCUCUUCCAUGGGGUCUUGGGAGAUGAUAUGAGAGAUGGUAACAGUCCGUCGUGGUUCAAUGCGGUAGAAGUCGUUCAAGUGAUCAAGUACAUCCAGGGAUUGUUGGCUUCAACGUCCCCAGUGAUUGGUCCAGAUGACAUUGGCGUCAUAACACCCUACAGGAAACAGGUUGAGAAGAUCCGGAUGUUGUUGAAUAGCUUAACGUUAUAUGGAAUCAAAGUGGGAUCCGUCGAAGAAUUUCAAGGUCAAGAGAGGAUUGCGAUGAUCAUCUCAACGGUUCGUUCAAGCGAGAACCUUCUGGGUUUCGAUGUACGACAUCAUCUUGGUUUCCUUAGCAACCCAAAGCGUUUCAACGUUGCGAUCACCCGAGCCCAGGCUCUUAUGGUGAUCAUAGGCAACCCCAACGUCCUCGCUAAGGAUAAACACUGGCGUGCCUUGUUGAAUUACUGUCUGGAGUUGGGCGCUUACACUGGUACCCAGCCACCUGUCUUAACACAGGACAGUGAUGCUGAUGUGGAAUCUCUAGACGGGGACGGGGGAGCGGGCGAUUCUUCGCCUCGGCAACAAGAUGGUGAAGCAGGCACAGUGGAUGAAAGGCUGCCUACAGCUACUGACUGCGUACUUAGCAACCGUAACACUGAGAACCAGUGUGAAAGGGUACCAGCUGUAACAAAUGGCAGUGACUCAAAUAAAACAUUAGAAACUGAAAAGAGUGUAUUAAAUGGAAGAUCUGAGGAUCAUAGCAAAGUGGUUUUAGUUCCGCUAAAAAAUAUAAACAGUCAUCACCAAGAACAAAGCUUCUCCCUGCAAAAGCUAAAUUCAAAUGGAACUGACAGUCUCAAAACAACUACUAGCGCCGAUGAAAAGCCAUCGUUGGUAGCCAAUGGAAGCGCAUCAUUGACAGCCAAUAAGAAACCAGCAUUGACAGCCAAAGAAAAACCAGCAAUUACAGCCAAUGAAACCCAAUCGUUGAUGACAAACAAAACAUCAUUGUCAGCCAGUGGAAACUCCCUGUACCAUCCGGAAAACUACUUGGCUUCAAGAACUGAGACGACCCAUUUAUCACAUGUCCCUGUUUCACACCAUGAUCAGAAACAGAACAGUGCAGGGGACAGCACUGGUUAUCACGAAAAUGCCUCGUCCAUUACAGACGCUACAACUGAAUGUCUUUCAAAGCUUGCUCUAACAAACCCCUUUUCUCCAUCAAGGGCGAGGCCCUUAGUGACCGCACCGACAAAAGCGGGGUCCUUAGUGACAACGCCCAACGCUGAAAAGUUAAACCACAGUGCUGAGAGGAUAAAAUCAAUGUCCAGUAAUGAGCAGAAUCUCAAGAGUGGAGAUGCAGUUGAAGAAGUAUGUUUUGCCAGGGAGGAUGCCAAUACAGUUGAGUCGUCUUUAGAGCUGAAAUUUGGGCAACAAUCACCCCCAAAGGAUCAAGAUUCCGAUAGUCGGGACCUUUCCAAGGACUCGAACAAGACAACCAGAUCGGCCAUCUCUUCUUAUGAUCACUCUGAAAACCUGAAACGUCAGUUGUCAUUUACACCCUCCUCAAAUACUGAUGACACGUUGGGUUCGUUUCUUCAAGAUGAGCACGACCUCGGUCAAAGUCAUGCUUUAAAAGGUCAUAUUAAUGGAGCAGGUCAAAUCCAAGAGCAAAAUGGGGGCGUUACUGCUACUUUUCAGAUGUCUGCGUCAAGUGGAAUGAUGGAACCCGACAAAGCAUCUGUUCAUGAGGAAGCUCAGCAUGACGAUACCCAAUUGUCUUCGCUGAGUGGGAGAUUCACUGAGUCGGAUGCAAAUCCCGCUGUACUCGCCUCGGCCCUGCGAAUAUCGCAAUCAUUUCAAGAGAAUGAACUCGUUGAGAGUUGUAUCCAAGAUGAUAACUGUUUGAAAAACUCUGGAGGGAGUGCACCAUCACAACAAGACGCCGGCCAAGAUGAAGAUGAAGAGAUUUGGGAUGAGGAAGUGAAUCUAGCUGAGGUUUAUCAACGAGGAGGAGGUACCCCACGAGCAGGAUUGAAGGAGCAGUGGGACAACUACUCGGGGGACGGAGGACAAAUCUUUGGAUUCAGCCAUGCAGAACAAAAUCCCACAUCUCAAGAAAAACGCGAUGAUGAAGGUUUUAUCCAGGGAGCGAGCCAUCCUCAUCAGGAGCCUGGAGCACAACAGAUUUCUGGAACUGAUUUUGUCGAGGAUGAUCCAGAAAUGCCUUCUCUCGAGGAGUGGUUUCAAGACUUGAAGAUGGACACCUUAGUCUUGCCAACGGAUACCUUGGUCUUGCCAUCGGAUACCUCGAUCUUGCCGAUGGAUACCUCGAUAUUGUCGAUGGAUACCUCAAUUUUGCUGACGGAUACCUCGAUGCCGAGUGACACCUCAGUUGCGCCAGCAGAACAGAGGUAUCCUAAAGAUAACCGGGACGGAACUGUUGAUCAUAAUGCGAGGGAAUACUUGGCAAACCAUUCAGUACUUCAUGAGGCUACUGAAGGCAUAGGAGGCUACAUGAACAUGACUCAGAGACCAACUCAUGAGGCUAGUCCAGCAGAACAGAGGUAUCCUGAAGAUAACCAGGAGAUGGCUGUUGAUCAUGAUGCGAGGGUAUACCUGGCAAACCAUUCAGUACUCCAUGAGGCUACUGGAGACUUAGGAGGCUAUAUAAACAUGAAUCAGAGACUCACACCUCCAGGUUUAGGACGAGGUAUUUUGUCGAGUAAAUCCAAGAGGCGGUCAUCCUCGAGACCAAGACCUUCUAAUAGGGCACACAUGAUCGGUGCGCCGACUUACAACAACCCGCCACGACCGAGCCCCAUCACAUGUCCUCAUCUUACACAUGAGGGUAUAAUGCAUCCGCACGAGGCUAACAAUGAGGUUAUGAAUAACCCUCACGAUGGUGUAUACACAGACUAUGACCUCGGGACCGCUGAUUACACCCAUCGUGAUCUGAAUUUGAACCCUGAGGAGGUGAAGGGUCAAAAUGAGGCAAUGCUGCCGCAGGAAUCCAGUCAUGGAGAAGAGGAGUGGGUCGGAUCUGAAAACCACUUCUUCUACAGGAAGCCCUUGUCCCAGAAUGCUGUAAAGGCGCUUAGCAGAAACACCCAUGCAUGGGAGGAGACAAUGAGAGGCUACCAGACGAGGUACACCACCGACGAGGAUUUCAUGGGCGACUAUAAACCACCCGCGGCGCCCGUGUAUCAGGACUUUCCCGGGGGAGGUGGUUACACAGGACCUGAUGGAUCCUCGUAUCUGGUGGCUGCUAAUCUAGAGACAAUGGAUCAGUAUGAUGUCAUCAUCGAGAGUAGCUGUGAAGAAAGUAGCGAUAACCAGGGCCCAAUUUCAUAGCGCUGCUAAGAUAUUUUUUGUGCUUAUUGUUGCAGAGAAAUUU